AUGGGCUGAGCCUCGAGCAGCUUGCCGCCGAUUGAGCGCAGCCACUUUCGCUGACGCCGACUCUGCUUCGAUCUCUGGAUUUUGUUUCUGUGUUUAUCCUUUCCGUGAUGACUUUGAUGAUUUAGAUCGAAUCCAGCACUGAGAUAGUGCGGUCCGCACCGCAACCAUGACCAGACGACGGCUCCCCACAAGCCUCCCGCAAGACUUCCGAUACCCGCUCAUGACCCCAGACAACGACCGGGAGUCAUUCGUCGAUUACAACCUUUACGAUGGCGACGCGGGCCACUCUCGUGACCACCUGGUCUACCCGACUUACCAGACACGCGAACCGAGCCCUGCCCCUCAAAUUGUGCGUGUCGCCCGGCUGCCCGAAAUGAUUAGACGACAAUCUGUGCGACCUUUUUCCGGCGACUGGGGCACAUACGACUUAGCUGGUCCAUCCGACGAUUCGAAGGUUCCGGGGUCAUUUCAAGACGGGGACACUGGCCUCGGCACAGAGGUUCUCGAAUCAGUUCCGCGCAGCGCAUACGCACAUCCCGCCGAGCUCGCCGAUUUAUACUCAGACGACGAUUCUACGGAGAACUCAGACUUUGGACAUGACGAGCCCAUUGCUUUCCCACAGCUCCCGCUUGAAGAUGUCGUGAUGGAAGUCGCAUACAUCCUCCGAACAAGAUCCAAGCCGACAGGCGAAGGGUUCACCUAUGUGUUUGCCGACCCCACCGGCCGGAAUAAGUUCUACAAGAUCGGCAGUGCAAAGAAUGUUUCGAAACGGGCAAAUGAGCACCGGAGUAUCUGCAAUAUUUCCUCCUUCCGAGUACAAAGGAAGCCGGCCAUACCCAUCCAGCAAUACAAGCGACUUGAGAAGCUGGCGCAAGCCGAGUUGAUCAACAUGAGCUACGAUCCUAAUUGUGUGUGCUCCACACAUUGUCAGUAUUUAUGGGGAAGAGAGCAAACUGCGGUUGAAAUUCUCGAAUUCUGGUCCAAGUGGCUUGGGAAACACUCACCCUAUGAUAAGGACGGUCAUCUUCUACCUUUCUGGGAGCACAGGCUCAGGGUUUUUGAGUCGAAUAUACCGAAAUACUUUGACUGCAAAGGCGCUAAAUGUCUCAAGCACUCCGGAGACACUCUUGCAUGCCCGUUUUGUCUUCGAGCUGGGUGGAAAGCAUGGGCCGAGCCGGGUGGGCGCGAGAAGAUUGAAUUCGCGUCUCGGACUCAGAUUGGCAAUGAAUGGGCUCACAAGAUCCUAAUGUACUUGCAUAAGUAUAUCCCCAUCAAGGAGGAUAUUUACCUUGCGGGAGUUGACGGUAUCGGCUGGGCCAAAUCCCACAUGGGCCGAUUCAAAAGCCCGGCGUUACUUCUCAACUUGUUAUAUGCUAGGCUCCUUAUACCUAUGCUCUGGUCCACCAUAUUCACCGCAACCGACACCAUCCCAUUCAUAACGAUGUUGGAGAUUGUGCUGUUUUCCGUGAUAUACCAGCUAGUGAGACUCGAACUUGCUCAGCUGACCGCGCAAGGAAUUGCCGCCGAUCGAUAUAGCAAAGACGGCCGCUUGGUACGUCGGAAGCCUGUUCAGUCAGCGCUGGAUAAAGCUAGCGAUGCGUCAAGCCCAGUGAAAGCCGCAAAGGAACCGAGGAUCAUUGAGAUACCCGAGGAUCGAAUCCAGAGCGUCACCAAGCCAACUGCUCCGUCAGUGAAGGGGACUGGCAUCAUGAAGAAGAGUGAGGCAAUGUCUAUGCUGUUCCCUGGAGAAGCUGCGGCGCGAAUUAAACGGCUCAAACCCGGCAGGCGCAGGAGUGACUUUGUCUGAAUGCCCUUGGCCCCUGGCCCAGUCACUUGCCGUGCCUUUGUGCACAAGCCUGUCCUUCUGCUUUUGGCUUGCGAAAACAUUGAUAGAUACCCUAUGCCAUUGACGCCGACGGGUAGGAUCUGUUCAUCAUACCAUAUUUUGCCAACAUUUCUUUUCUUGUUUUUCUCUUCUGUUUUCUUGUUAUCUUUUGCAGAUACUUUGUGAAUACCCUGUGAGCCUCGUCUGGCUUUUUGAGUUCUUGAUGAUUGGAUGACCUGAUGGUUGAUACGAGCAAUGUUGUUAUGAAUAGCGACGAAACAUGAAUGUCCACGUGGACAUAAGAUAGGGAAAUAACUGCCACCCUCAGAACCCGCUCUCUUCCAUAAACUUUGCAUCAAUGUAGAUAACAAGCUUAAAUGACCGCUUAUUCAGCGGAGAUAAAAGGACAAGCUUUGUGCUUGGUAAGCGGC